GAAGUUGCGUUGUUGUGCUUCCGGACGGAGGACCCAGCCCGGCUAAGCUAACUGAAAGUGAGUUAACAAUGUCAGGUGUGGAAGCUUUAGAUGAACCCGUGGACGUCAAAGAGGAUAAAGCGUUUGAUAUAGAGACCGAGGACCACAUCGGAGAGGAUUAUUUCAUCGACCCGACUCGAUACAUCUUCUACAGAGACAGGAAGGAGUGGGCUGACCUGGAGCCUGUUCCCCAGGAUGAUGGACCAAACCCUGUAGUGAAGAUCGCCUAUUCUGAGAAAUUUGCAGAUGUUUAUGACUACUUCCGUGCACUCCUGAAGAAAGAUGAGAGAAGUGAGCGAGCCUUCGCUUUGACUGCAGAGGCCAUCGAGCUGAAUGCUGCCAACUACACGGUUUGGCACUACAGGCGAGUGCUGCUUCAAGCUCUGUCUAAGGACCUGAGGGAGGAAAUGAGGUACAUUACUGCAAUCAUAGAGGAGCAACCCAAGAACUACCAAGUCUGGCAUCACAGACGUAUGGUAGUAGAGUGGUUGAACGAUGCUUCGGAGGAACUGGAGUUCAUCGCAGACAUUCUCAGUCAAGAUGCAAAGAACUACCACGCCUGGCAGCACAGGCAGUGGGUCAUCCAGGAGUUCAAACUGUGGGACAGCGAGCUGGAGUUUGUGGAGAAUCUUUUGGAGGAAGACGUGAGGAAUAACUCAGCAUGGAACCAGAGACAUUUUGUGAUUUCUCACACGACGGGCUUCUCUGACCCCGCCGUUGUAGAGCGGGAGAUAGAGUACUGUCUGAACCAGAUCCAGAAGGCUCCUCACAAUGAAAGCGUAUGGAACUAUCUGAAAGGGAUGCUGCAGGACCGAGGUCUGUCGUGUCAGCCAGGUUUGAUAGAAAAGAUCGUAAAGCUGAAGGAGACACACUGCUCGCCGUAUCUUCUGGCGUUUCUGUUUGACUGCUACGAGGACGCUCUGGAAACCAGCAACCAAAAAGAAAAUAUGGAGGAAGAGGAGCAAAAGCAGACUUUACAGAAGGCUCUAGAAAUUUGUGAACUUCUGGCCAAUGAGAAGGACACCAUCCGUAAGGAGUACUGGCUGUUUUUGGGACGUUCGUUAAAGAGUAAAUUUGGGAUCAUUGAUUCCCCCAGUGAGCCGAUGGCGGAUUCUUCUGAACCAUCAGUCCCUGAAUCUGGGAAACCGGCCGUCAGCUAGACCUCUACAAGCUUUGCAUCAUUUCCACUCAUAUCCUCCCUCAUAAAUACUGUCGAGAGCCACCUUUGAGUCUGAUAUUUAACUUUCCACGCUGUAUGAGUGAAGAGUGAUCACUAACUUAGAUCUGCUAAAGGGAGAGAGUUAGACCAGACAGGGGAAAGCUUAGCUCUGUUUUAAAUGGAAACAUCGAAAAGUGGAUUUAUUAUUCCGGUCUUGUUUACCCAGAAGAACGACGUAAUAAUGAGGUGGUUAAAGAUGUGAUGUAUCAUUUUUCAACUUUAAUAUCAGCUUUGGAAUUGUGGGAGUAGUUUCUCUGUAUGUGACUGAUAAUAAACGUGCUCAUGUCUUUUAAA